AUGAAAAAAGUGAAUGAAAAGAGAAAAAAAUCAAAAGAAAUUUUACAACGGUUGAUUGAGAUCAGCUAACAAAAGGGCUAUGAACAUAUAGAGAAGAGGAAAAAAGAGCGAAAAGAAAAAGGAAUUAUCUGGAAACCUAAAUUGAAAUUAUUAAUUAAAAAAUAAUUUUCAAUCAAUAAUGUUAAAAAAUAAACCCUGAUAUUAAAAUAUGCACUACAAAUCCUGGAUAGAUAAUAUCUGCUCCGUUAAAAUUACAUGCAAUAUCAUCCCCAAAUAUAGGCUCACUUGCAGGUCCUAUUGCUGCCCAUAGCCUAUUUAGACGAAUAACUGCCAUAAUCAAGUAUUUGUACUUUCAUUUACCAGCAAAGGCAUUUUUACAUUUAUAGUAACAAUAUGUAAUGUCUUUUACAUGAGGUCUAAUAAUGGCACUUACUAACCAAGAAUCACCUUUAUACUUUCAGCUUUUGCAUCGUAAAUAGAAACUGCAUUUUAGUGAUGACCAUCAAUGCUUGUUGAUUUAAUUAUCGGUAUUUAUUACUGUUAUCUUCCUCCUUACUUUUUCACUAAAGUUUCUAUAUCAAAUUGCUCUCCAUAUUUUAGUAGCUUAUAUUAUUUCUCUCACUCUAUAAACUUACUCUUUCUCUCUAUCUUUCCUUCCUCAUUCAACAAUCAUUUAUUCCCUUUGGUAGAAAAAAUUUCAUCAAAAUGUGCUGAAGUGA